AAUUUGUAAAGAGUGUCAAGCUGAACUCAAACCGCCUUGGUUGUAGUAGGUUGGCCAGUCAUUUGUUUUUCCGUCUACAAGGGGCGGGCAUAUGGGCGAGGCUAUUUAGGAUAUUUUAAAGGGUUUUAAAUGGGCGUCACAUAAUCCCACGUUGUUCUGCAGAAAUCGUAGGAGUCGUUGAACAGUGAGUGGACAUCGGGCUCGGUGAAGCAGAAUGGUAAACCAGAAUAAGCUAAGUGAUGGUUGUAGCAGCAGUGAGGACAGUUCUAACUCUAAGGAGAGUUCAAGAUGUUCCACACCCAUACUAGACCCAGAACGUCAUGAUCGCCUGAGAGACAAGAUGCGUCGCCGUAUUGAAUCUGGAGACAAGUGGUUCUCUUUGGAGUUCUUCCCACCUCGCACUUCCAGUGGUGCUGUCAACUUGAUAGCAAGAUUUGAUCGAAUGGGGACUGGUGGGCCACUGUUCAUUGAUGUUACGUGGCAUCCUGCAGGAGAUCCUGGCUCAGAUAAGGAGACCUCCUCAAUGAUGAUUGCAAAUACAGCAGUCAAUUAUUGUGGACUGGACACCAUCCUUCACAUCACAUGCUGUAAUCAGACCAAGGAGCAUCUGACUGAACACUUACGAAAAGCCAAACGCCUUGGUUUAAAAAACAUUAUGGCUCUUCGGGGAGACCCAAGUGGAAAUGAGUGGCAGGAAGAGGAGGAAGGCUUUAACUACGCUGUUGAACUGGUGAAGCAUAUCCGCUGCGAGUUUGAAGAUUAUUUCGAUGUCUGUGUUGCUGGUUAUCCUACUGGUCACCCUGAGGCAGCUAGCUAUGAAGAAGACCUCAGACAUUUGAAGGAGAAAGUAGAUGCUGGGGCAGACUUUAUUGUAACUCAGUUAUUUUUCCGAGCUGAGACCUUCCUAAAAUUUUUAAAAGACUGUCGAGCCAUUGGAAUAGUCUGCCCCAUAUUACCUGGAAUCUUCCCAAUUCAGGGUUACCACUCCUUACAACAGCUAGUGAAACUCUCCAGACUAGAGAUACCAGAAGAGAUUAAGGAUGUUAUUGAACCCAUUAAAGAAAAUGAUGCUGCCAUCAGGAAUUAUGGAAUAGAAUUGGCUGUACAAAUGUGCAAAUCUCUUCUGGAUAGCGGUGUGGUGCAUGGACUACAUUUCUAUACCCUGAACCGCGAGGUGGCCACUAUAGAGAUAUUGAAAAGGCUAGGAAUGUGGAACGAAGACCCCAGACGUCUGCUGCCUUGGGCUGUUAGUGCCAACCCAAAACGCAAAGUUGAAGAUGUAAGACCAAUUUUCUGGUCUUCAAGGCCAAAGAGCUACAUUUACAGAACUCAGGAAUGGGAUGAAUUUCCCAAUGGAAGAUGGGGUAAUUCGUCUUCCCCUGCAUUUGGGGAGUUAAAGGAUUAUUAUCUCUUCUACUUGAAGAGCAAACGUGUCAAAGAGGAGCUUCUGAAAAUGUGGGGGGAAGAGCUCACAAGUGAAAAGAGUGUCUUUGAUGUGUUCACCAGCUACAUCUCCGGUCAGCCGGGACCUAAUGGGCAUAAGGUGUCUUGUCUACCAUGGAAUGAUGAUCCAUUGGCUCCAGAAACUAAUCUUCUGAAGGAACAACUAGAGAAAGUGAACCGGAAAGGAGUCCUUACCAUAAACUCUCAGCCUAAUAUUAAUGGUAAACCUUCAACAGACCCAGUCGUGGGUUGGGGACCCAGUGGAGGCUACGUAUUCCAAAAGGCAUAUUUGGAAUUUUUCACUUCUAGUGAAAACGUAGCAGCACUGCUGAAGGUUUUAAAGAAGUAUGAGCCCAGAGUCAACUACCAUAUUGUCAAUGUAAAGGGAAAAAAUAUCACCAAUAUUCCAGAACUGCAGCCAAAUGCUGUUACUUGGGGAAUCUUCCCUGGCCGUGAAAUUAUACAGCCCACUGUUGUUGAUCCUGUCAGUUUUAUGUACUGGAAGGAUGAAGCCUUUGCACUCUGGAUCGAGCAGUGGGCCAAACUUUAUGAGGAGGAGUCACCGUCUCGUAUGAUUAUCCAGUAUAUUCAUGACAACUACUAUCUGAUUAACUUGGUGGAUAAUGAUUUCCCACUAGAAAAUUGCCUGUGGAACAUUAUUGAUGACAUGUUUGAACUGCUGCAGACGUCUACAGAAGCCUAACCAGGCUGUUUUAUUUUUUUGUCUGAAGUAGACACUGCCUUCAGCAGCAUGCUGUCAAACUGAUGGAAGUGAUCCUGUGUGCUGUUAACUAACUCCAUGUGUUGCGAGUUAGACUUUGGAACUGUGUUGGCCUUUUCAGGAUGUAAUAUUUAUACUAGUCUCAUCAAUAUUCCUUUACCGAAAAAAGGAGGAAGACUUUUUUAUUGUUUUUUAUAAAGCAUGAGGACAGAAGGGAGCAAUCCUUUUGUAAAGACUAUUAACAAGACUUUGCUUCACACUUGUAGGAAAAAACUUUGCUUAUACUCAGUGGCUACCAUUAGAAGUUUGCCAGAUCGCUGUUUGGUCAACGUAUAGAGAACACUACUUUACAGACACCUUUCUACUAAUGCAAGUCUUUCAUACUUAAACUGCUGAAAGAGCUCGCUGCCUGUUGCCACUGUCCUACUUGGAACUAUUGUUCAUGACGAAAUGUACUCUUCUCUUUGUCAAACUGUUUAUAAGCAGGAGACAGCCGUAUUGGGGUCAGACUGUCCUAAUGUCAGACUGUCUGUGACACAUUUUCAGUUUGUACUCUCCAAUGUGAGCACGUGUUCUGCUAGUGCUCUCACUGCUAUAUAUUGAAUGCUUUUCUUCUGCUAAAAGUAGUACUUAAUAUGGGAUUGCAUCCUUUCCUAUUGUAAAUCCCCAAGCUACCUCUUGCAAGAAAUGCUGUAUCUUUAUGUAGUGUAUUCACCAGCCUGUAGCUUCCUGGUUAGUUGUGCUCUGUUUUAUGUUUUCCAUCAGUGUUGUCAUCUGAACCUGUUUUUUCAUUAUUUUCUUAACACACAUGCUUUGUAAGGUCAUGGUUGAAGCCAGAGCAAAGUAGUCUAAUCCCAGGGAGUAUACCUGAUUGACACAGAUUUCAUUUUUGAUAAAACAUUUUUAUUAUACAUAUUUUUACACAACCAUUACUUAAGUCCAUAUUGUGAACUAGAGGUUAAGAAGACUAUUCUUUACAAGGGGAGGCUUAUGUUAAUGAGGAACCAUUCUAAAUGCCACUUCAGUUUUUAUUUCUGGGUUAUUUUAAUGAGGGACUAUUCUAAAUUCCAGUUCAUAGUAUUCUGCUGGAUUGUUGAAAUAGAACAAGUCGGUACUUGAUUUGUCCCCUGAUCUUCAAAAUGAAAUUCUUUUGAGAAUAUCCCUAAAGAUAUAUGUUUUGGUAUAACUCUGAAUUAAAAACCAGGAACUUUUAAUAAUAUUAUCUAUUCAUGAUCAAGAGAAGGAGAAAGGCGUGAAUAUUUAUGAAAUGUUUUAUUUACAGUAAUAUAGUUAAAUCCUUGCUUCUCCAUUGGCCUGCAGUCAAGACUAGCCUUUGGAUCUGCCUCUUUUUUUCAGUAUGUAUAUCUCACCUGCUUUAGAUAGUUGCAGUCCUUUCUAAUUGGAGAUGAAAGUUUUUGUACUACAGCUCAUUUCCAGGUCAGUCCAAUAUUUGCUGUAGUACAUUUCUAAUUAGCAUGCAGGCAAAAACUGUAUGGACUGGCACAUAAUUCCCCAAAACGUUGUGUUUUCAUUGCAUAUUGUAACAGAGCCAAGUUGUAUUAUGUGCUAUAGUAUAGUUAACUACAAAGUGUGUGUUUAUUUUAUCUGAUCUCCAUGUUUACUGACUUUGUAGGUGUGACUUUUGGACUGGGCUGUUGGGUAGUUUUAGCUAAGACUGUUUUUAUUUUCAUUAGAAUUUGCCUGCCAUUGCAGUGUACUGACAUGUAUGUGUCCACAGCAGUUUUACUAUCCUGGACCAUGGACCAGCUCCUUAUGAUGCUGAUUUACAUUACUAAAAUACAUUUUUAUGAGCUAAAAUCUCAGAAAUUAUGCCACUAAUUAAGUAUAGAUUAUAGUUGUUAAUGUGAUUCCAUUAUAUUUUUAUGCACCGGUUUAUAAAGCAAAAUUAAAAUGGAUUCUAAACUAAGUACUCGGGCCUGAACAACUCAAACUAAUAGUUCUACAGUCGGUAUGUAUUAGGAAAAAGUACAGGUUGUGCUGUAUGAGAUUUGUGGCCUGAAAUGCCAGAUUCUGCAAUACCUUAUUUUUUAGUACUCAGUCCUGGCUGUGGAAUUUUUAUGCUGUUUUCCUGAAAAAAUGACAUGCAUAGGAUCAUAGGACAUUACUAGGCUAUCAACUCUGACAUCAUUUUAAGCCUAACCAUUUCAUACCAAUGUAAUACCAUAGAAAUGCCAAUAAAUACCCAAGAUUGCAUUUAGUGAUGACUGCCCAUGUCCAGGAGGGUUGUGGGCUCUUUCCCCCGGUACAAAUGGAAGACACAUAGGAACCUCAAUCCAGCCUCCUGUGUUUUGUGUUUAUGGAAGUGUUUACUUAGAUUGGAGGUUUAGUACUCAUUUAUUUUUUUGCUUAAAAAUAACUUUGAUCGUUGCAGCAAAUUAGCAUGAGUAUAAAAAAAUCCAUCUGAACAAUUGUUCAAAAAGUACAAAUUAGGCAGAAAUUUACUUGGCAAGGUAGACAUUAUGCAUGCCCCUGUUUAAUGAACAAAGCCAUGAUGUGAAGUCCUCUGCCUUUUCUCAGAUCUGAGAAAUCAGCCUUGCCAUCUGAGUAAGGCUGUCUAGAAUGCAUUGUAUGGGAAAAAUCAAAAUAAAAAGUAACGGCACCAUUCCUGUACAUCCUCCUAAUGCGCAAAACACUUAAAAUGCAGGUUUUCAUUGUUUAAUACUGUCUGCAAUCAGCUGAUUGCACACUCAUGUAUAUUGCCUGUAAUAUUAAAGGCUAUGGAUUAUGUCCUCACUCCAGGUGCUAAAAUUCAUGGCAAUGCACUAUUAGGGGUGCUGCAAACAUGAUAUGCCAUCAUUUGAGUUAAUUAUUAACUUUUGGCCUCAUCUGCUAAGCUGUUGGUAAUUUAGGCAGGUAUUAUCCACUGAAAUGUAUCAAAAGGAGUAAGGAACUGAAGUUAACUAGUCCUGAUUUACAUCCACAUGAAAGAGUAAGGAACUGAAAUUAACUAGUCCUGAUUUACAUCCACAUGAAAGAGUAAGGAACUGAAGUUAACUAGUCCUGAUUUACAUCCACAUGAAAGAGUAAGGAACUGAAGUUAACUAGUCCUGAUUUACAUCCACAUGAAAGAGUAAGGAGCUGAAGUUAACUAGUCCUGAUUUACAUCCACACGAACCUGGGAGAACUGUCUAAGUGACUUGCUCAGAGAUUGGAAGCAACUUAGCAGGUCAUAGCCUUAAUCCUCCGGACUAACUGUUAGACUGUCAGUUCUUAGGUAUCCUGGCCAAAUCCUCCCCACACGUUGUUUUUUUAUAUCUCACCUUGAGGCUUCACAAGAAGUAGCUCAUAUGCUUAAUGGGACCAAACUGGCAACAACAGUAAAUAAGAAAAUAAAUACCCAAAGAUGCAUCCUUCAGGAACUUGUGGAUCUCAAUUACCCAGAUAACAAAGUUGUCACAGAAAUGUCCUCUAAGCUGCUUUUUUGCCAAAUUCCCAUAAUUAGAUCUGACAUUAUCUUUGUGAUAUCUCUAAGGCCUGGUUGCUAUCCUGUAGUUGGCAGGUAGGCAGAUAACCAAGCAAGCGCCGUUUCACUUUCUGCCAUCUGUCAGUGCUGAUGCUUGUCACUAAUUGCCAUCCAACUACAUUAUCCCAUCUGUGAUUAUUAUAUUGACACUGGGUUUUACAUGGCUCAAAUAAUGUCUUCAUUAGGUGAUAUUUUAUUGAAUCAGGAAACAUAGUCCAUAUCCAGCUAUUUUCUGAAGCUGUUGAAGGCCCAAGUCUGUGUGUGUGUGUGUGUGUGUGUGUGUGUGUGUGUGUGUGUGUGUGUGUGGGUGGGGGGGGGGGUAAUCACCUAACUUCACUCAUCCAGAGACUUUCUUCUGUGCCAUUUUGUGAAAGGGAACAAACUUUUUGCUUCAAAGGGUGGAGAAGGGGAGGAGGAGAUGGAGAGAGGCUAAGGCUUUGUCCCAUUCUUUGGCUUUCUUUUGUCUCUGUUUUGGGGGGUCUCUAAAAUGUUAGGUGUGUCCUUGUUAUACCCAGGGGAAUCUGGAUUUACCUAUUCAGUUACGUAGGGUAUACAAUGGAUUUGUUUAUUGUAGUCCAGGAUAAGGCCCAAAGUUUGUCUCCUUGAAUACUGUCUGCCAGAGGCUGUUCUUGGAGUAAAUCUACCUAAUGAUGUAUGCCUUUAAAGUGUCAAUUGAGAUAACAUGGCAUACAAAACUCACCUUCCACUCCCCCAGAAGAUGGACAUAAAAUAUGUCACUGAAUAAUCUUUUCAUCUUAAUAAUGGCAUCAUUCAUCUACCUUGCAGUGUUGUACGUGGUACCAGGGCAGCAAUUGGUACCAAGGCAUCCGAGUAAUCUGUAUUUGGACAAACCGUACACUAGGUUAAGUUACUUAGAGAAGUUUUUUUUUAAUUUUCAUUUUAGAGAUUAGAGUCUGUGUAUAUUUUUGGAGGGUACAUUACUUAGUAAUCCUCCCAUGUCUCAGAAGACAUCAUAACCAUCAGCUUUGUGGAAAGCAGAGGAUGUCUAUAGCAGGUUGCUCGGGUUUUAUUAUGAUUAAUACCAUACAUUUACAAACUACUGAUGAUGCCACUUUGUCCAGACUUUGCAGAAUUUGAGAUUGUCUUUUGGAGGCACGAGUAGCGGAAACUCUCUUGGUUCCCACAGAGCUACAGCAUGAGAUACGUAAUGCCCUCUUCAUCAUGUCUAAACUGUUUGGCUAGGCCAGAAAAUUAAAUGGGUUAAGGGACUAAAGUUCGGUUUGUGCACCAGCUGUACCACUGGGUUUCCAAUAUCAAAAAAGUUAGAAAUGAAGAGCAGCUGUACCAGCUGCUCAGACAGUAGGAAGAGCAUCCAUAGCCAUCAGGCCUGGAAGACUGAGCCCCGUCUGCUAAAGUGAAGGUCCCUACCAUAGUCUGUUUUAGGUAGCCAUUGAUUUGAGUCCUCCUGACCACCUCCAGCUUUUUCUUUUUUUUUUUUUUUUUUAGUGUUCUAUUUUAUACACUUGUUAGCUGGGUAAGUCCACUGUACCCAGGUGUCCAUUUUUAUGGGUUACUUGGUUGAAGUGACUUGCUCUUAGUAUCAUAGUGGACAAAUGAACAAGCCAAACCAUGUGUCCUUGGUUUACAGGAACCAGCUUGUUAGCAGGUCAGAGCCUUAAUCCUCGCACUAACUGAUUGUGGAGAGCCAUUGUGCAUGAUGGCUGUGAGCUCCAGUGAUUGGUGCAUGGAGAUACCUUGCAGUUUAUAUCCAUUUCUUCAGAAGAGCCUCUCGCAUCCCCUUCCCGUGGAGACACCUGCUUUGCUUAUACUAUAAGGUUGGUGUUCUUCUAUGCCAUUGAAAAAGCAGAGAUUUUUCUUCUGUUUUUAUGUAUAUCACUACUUUAACCAAGCUAAACAGGCAGUUAGAGAAACUUGAAUUCAUGCAAAAGUAUUGCUUAGAUUUGAAACACAAGCUGCACAUAAACAGUGAAUUGUAUAUAUGUCUGCACUGGUAAUUCUACAAUGUGCAUUAUUUUGCAAGUAACUUAACCGGUGUUUGUGACAGAAAAAAAUAAGUCUUAUUUUUACUGGUAACCAGUGGACUCUAGAUCCAUCUUGUUUGCUUUUUGCACUAUGAAUAUGCAGGAUGGAUGCCACUCUGAUUUUUGCCUGCAUGUCAUAGUUUCUUCAGGUAAUUGGGCAUGAUUGUGUUUGACAGUCUCUUUCAGAUUAUCACCAGUUUUAUGUACUUUUACUAGUUACUUUGUAAAUGGUUGACAUUUGUCUUGGUGUGUUUGGAUGACUGCUAGGAGAAUAGACCAAGGUAAUAUCCAUUACCUUGUCUCUGAUGAACUAUGGGGAUGUUCAUCUUCCUAAAACUGUCUUGUCUGUCUAGUCACACACACACCCUUAGUAUCACAUUUCUGGACUUUUAAAAUGCUAUAUAAAAAGGAAGGAGUUGUCUCCCUUCUGAGAAGGUUCUGUCUCUAAGAGUAUUUAUGAUGGGUUAGGAAAACUUCCGUCUUUGCCUCUGACUGGAACUAGAGGAGAUUUGCAAGUACCUGACUAUAGAAUGGCCACCAUAGUGGUUCCCUUGUCAAGGUUUUGCAAAGCUAUUCCAUGUUCCCUCAUUCUUAUACCCUGCAGUAUCUGAUUAGAAUACAGUUGUUGAUCAGAUAGAACUAUGGCUCUCACAAGGCCAGGCACAUGGUUUCUAUUGGGCAUGUGCCUUGAGUGUGAGUAGGGGUGAUGAAUACUUCUCCCAUGAGCUGAAUAGCUCACUUCAAGCUUUGAAGGAUAGAUGCAGGACAGUUGUUCUAUUUUGGGACUCAGUAGCAUACACGUUGUCCAAGUGAUCAGGAUAAUUUGAAGACUGUACAUACAUUUCUUAUGGGGAAAGUAGCCACAAUGAUUUCAGUGGAUCAAAUGAUCUUGUGUAACAGCAAGAAGGGAUCUAUGCACUAUUUUCUCUAAACUGGGAAGACAGCACAGUUAAUAGAGUGGAGCAAUGAAGAACAGGUUCGAGCUGAUACCAUAGUGCUCGCUCAUGUUAAGAAUUCCUUAGUCAACAUGCUUAUCUAAUGGAUCUCUGAAACUGUUGCGUGGGAGCUACACAACUUUGAGUAGGUCAAUAUUUUGCUAGUCUGAAUGGCCAAAAAUACCCAUUUGCAAGUUUCCAAUACAGAACUUCCAAUGAUUUUUGUUCCAGAGCUUUGGGGGGCCAUCUAUAUGAAGAGAGAGGAUUUCCAUUAUUCAGACAGAAGUUUCUCUAAAUCUUCCUCAGUUCUGUGCUUUUCAGAAAACUGUUCUAAAUAUAGAGAUAAGGGCUGAUGACGAUUCUCAUAGCAUUUUUUUUUUUUUGGCCUCAUAAGGUUUAGUUUUGCCCAGCAUCUGUGCAUUGCUGAUACAAAAAUAGAAAUCUCUGAUGCCCUCUUUCAAAAUAUUAUGACUUCUGAUUUGCUGGAAUAUGCUGACAUAGAACUGGGAAUUUCUAGUGCUUCCCAGCCUUAAGUUCUUGGGACUGCACAUCUGUUGAACCAGUUGACUAUUGCAAGACAAUAUGUCAAGUCAGUUCUUUAAGUUCAUUAACCCUUAAGCAGACUAAUAGGAUAACUUAUGCCUUUAAGUGGCAUUUGGCUGUUUGAACGGUUGUAUUCAACCUCUUUGUGUUUCAGUGACAAAUGUCUUUGAUUACCUGUAUCAGGGACUAGUCAGGCAUUUUUGCUGUUUCUUGUACCAUAAGCUGGUGUAGAGCAAGUUUGUGGCACAUCUGCAUGCCAUCCAUAGAGGAAUUUUCCCCUUGAAAUGGCACAUUAAGAACUCUCACUUUGUUUUGGACCUUAACUUUGUUCUGCAGUUUUAAAUUUCCUCCUUUUGAAGCCAAGUGAAUCUAAUGUUUGCCAUGGAGCAUUGUGUCCAAGCACUGUUGGUUUCAGCAUGUUGGAUUUUGAAGCUGCACCUUAUUUGACUACGUGAACAGGGUAACUUUUCAAGCCACCCUGAAACAGGAUAUUUUUCCAUCUCAAGUGUUUUAUUUUUUUUGUUCUGAGUUCAUGGGGAAGCACCUUAUUUAAUAUUCUAGAUGGUAAUAGUGCUGAUUUUACAAAUGCAGUCCUAAACGAAGUGCCUUAUUCUUCCAUCACCCAUUUUAAAAACAUAUCUGUUUUGGAAUUUUUACAAUGAAACUGAUGAUUUACUGACUGAGACUGUCUUGAAGACUGAUUCUGUAAGUCAAAUCUUACUGUUAUUCCAGAUCUUUCACAUCAUAUCAUGGGGGAUGCGAGGGAUUGUGAUACUUCUGAGUCUUGUGUGGUUCCUUAUCACAUUAUCUCAUUUAUGUUAGAAAAUGGAUGAUCAGAUGGGGUUGUCUUGUUUCAUCUAUUAAUAUGAAUAAAGGUUUGUCAUUGUAAUGCCCUUUUGAUGGACUAUUCUAAUCAAAAUAAUCUUCUGACUUAGAUGUCCUCAGAAGCUGAUAUUAUCUUGGUAGGUUAUGCCUUGAGAGUCUAAGGGUGGUUUUCAUUCUGAAGCUGCUGGAAGUACUCCUUCCAUUUGUCUUUAAUGUCCUGUGGACGUCUGAGAUGGUUGUUGCUGGCAUCCUUUUAUGAAGGGUGUCUUGACUGUCUUUGUCUUGCAACCUGGUAGAAUUUACUUGCGACAUCUCCUGAGAUCUUUUCUAGAAACUGGUACAGUGUUUCUGAUCCUUUCUUUUUUUUUCUUUGCUACUUCAUCUGCCCUCUUAGUCUCACUGGUCUGUCUUUUACAUCUCCCACUUUUCCUUCACUCCUUCUUUUGAUAACUUCUUGGACUUCUACAUUCCACCACCAUCUUUCCUUAUGUACCUUAUUUCUAUAACUGGCUCGGCUGCAUAUUUUGUUCUUUAAUCUUCACACAGGCUGUUUUGAGGUACUGCAAUUCUUUGACUCAACCUGUUUCUUGAGUUGCUGCAGUCCUAAGUAUUUCCUUGAACUCUCGUGGUUUCUCUGUAGUCAACUUCCAGGUCUUCAGCUUAGUCUCUGUUGAUUUUAGAGUCCUCUCUGACCAUGGCUUGCAGCUGAUUGUGGACACCAUAGGAUUGUGCUGUGGGCUGACUGUUUAAUCUCUGAUUUUACCCCUUUCCUUUCUUUUCCCCUUUAGAGGAAGUCUACUUGAGUAAACAGGUAGUGCUGUAAAGAUUCCCUUGAAAAUGGGCCUCAACCCAUUUGGAACAAUCUUGUUCACAAGCCAUGUAUGAAAAUAGUCAUCUUCCAUCAUGUGCUUUUUUGGUGGUAAUUGGGGUGCGCUGACUGCAUGAUGUCUUGUCUGUUGAAAGUCUAAUACCAUGCUGGGAUAAAAAGUGGAGGAAUCAGAAAUAAAGGUGUCAUUAGUCACUUAAGUACCCCAUCUUCUCCCAGUAGUCUGUCUUGAGCAGUAGAUGCCUUUUUGAUUAAUACAGGAAGACUGCAUUGAUGAGACUGUGUCAGUGUUAUUGGUGGUUUCUAUGAAUUUAAAGUAGAAUCUCUUCAAAGGAAAGAGAAUGCACAUUCAAUGAAAAAGUGCAUUCCUGAAGUUGCUGAUUUUGUAUCUGAGUUUAAAAACUGUGAAUUAAAAAACAGAGAGAGCGCGGGGAGGUGUGUGGGGAUCUGCAUGCCCGUAGAAGGCUACUCCACCUCCUGUAUUUUCUAUUGUUUAAUAGAUGGAAAGGAACAUAUCUGUCUAUCCUGCUGCUGUCACAGUGUGACAUGUUUUUAACAGUUAAUUUUAAUGUACUGACAUUGUGAUAUGUGCUGUAAAAGAAACUGCAAAUAAAUAUAAAUUUUGCUUCA